GUACAUGCACAUCAAGUAGCUAAGCAGCUGAUGUAAGUUAUUUAACCUUUUUCUCUGCGAGCUAUUAUUACAGAAUGCAGAAUUGUAAACAAAUUUUAACGAUUUAUGUAAGAAAUCAACAACGUUAUAUUAGCACAACAGUUCCUUUGGAAGGCAAACGAAAUUUUCGGAAAUUUUUGGUUUACAACAAGCGAGGCACAAGAGUUGUGAAAGAGGCUCAACGGUCUAACCAAGUUGACCCCCCAGUCGCUGUACAUAAAAGAGGCGUAAGAGAUACAGGCAUGCUGAUGAAUGGCAAGUACGUGGAGAUACCUGAGAAAAUACCAGAGCUUAUUGUGCCCAACUUGGACGACUGUAAAUUGAAGCCGUACGUUUCCUACAAAGCACCUGAGGUUAUUCAAUCUGAGUUUACCAGUUUAGAUCUUUUCAACGCCAUUUACUCGAAGAAAAUUAUUGAUGACUUUAAGGAAGGUAAACUGAAGGAAGACUAUUCCCCAGCAGAACCAUCUGAGAACGAAAUGCUGGGUGCUGAUGAAGCUCUCCAAAGGGCUAGGAAAACGGGUUCAGAUAUAUUUUAAAUUUCUGUUAUAACCACAAAUAAACAUUAUAAACCUAA